UACGCACACGUCGGCCCUCGAACGCCACACACUUCCCGUGUUUACUUCCUUCUAAACAGGAGUACAGCUCUAUCGUCAGUCAGUCUGGGUCCGACGCUGGAGACGCACCAUGAAGACACGACGGGCCACUUAAUCUUCUGACAGAAAUUACGGACCAGGCAAGCGUCAACAUGGAUUACAAGUAUAAUCCCGGACUAGAACUGCUGUUGGCUCACAUGAAUGUAGAGGACAUUAUCAACGCUGCAGAGACUCUUUAUCAACUUGAGGAGGAGGAAGGAGGCUUGUCGUUUGAGGAAGACGGUUUCUCCCAGGAGGAGAUGGAUGAGAACGAAGAGGCGGGGGAGCUGGUGGGCUUGGGGAUUGAGCAAAAGGACUAUGCUGAUGAGACCGGCGGUGUUCGUUAUGGGACGGUGACAGACCUCCUGUCCUUUGUCAACCUCCUGUCCAGCAUGCAGACGUCAGGGCUGCAGCACCUCCCAGAGGAGAUGGGAGUUCUCCUGAAUAAAAAGGACAUGGCUGUUAAAAAAGGCCGCUACCAGAUCAACAUAGACGUGCUCCUGUUUCAGUGGAAAUUGACCUAUAAGAAUCACGGCACUGGCCUCGUGCCCAAGGGCUCAUUUGGGAAAGUCCACUUGGCUCAGGACACCACCACCAGGAAGAGAAUGGCUUGCAAACUGAUCCCAAUGGAGCACUUCAAAGCCGCCGAUGUGGAGUUCCAGGCCCGCUUCCGCCACGAGAACAUCGCCGAGCUCUACGGUGCUCUGCUCUGGGACCAGAGCGUCCACUUGUUCAUGGAGGCAGGCGAGGGCGGCUCGGUCCUCGAGAAGCUGGACAGCUGUGGGCCCAUGAGGGAGUUUGAGAUCAUCUGGGUCACGAAGCAAGUCCUGCGGGGCCUGGAGUACCUGCACUCACACAACGUCAUUCACCACGACAUCAAACCCAGCAACAUUGUCCUGAUGUCAGACAAGGCCGUGCUGGUGGACUUUGGCCUGACGGUGCAGAUGACAGAAGACAUAUACAUUCCCAGAGACCUGAGAGGAACGGAGAUGUACAUGAGUCCAGAGCUGAUUCUUUGUCGGGGACAUGACACCAAGACAGACAUCUACAGCCUGGGCACCACCAUCAUCCACAUGCAGACUGGUAGCCCUCCCUGGGUCAGGAGAUACCCACGCACUGCCUAUCCUUCAUACCUCUACAUUAUCCACAAGCAGGCCCCUCCUCUGGAGGACAUAGCAGAGGACUGCAGCCUGGCAAUGCGCUCCUUCCUGGAGCGAGCCCUGGAGAGGAACCCGGCUGUGCGGAGCUCGGCGUCUGAGCUGCUGAAGGACGAGGCCAUCAACCCGCCCCGGGAGGACCAGCCUCGCUGCUGGAGCCUCGACUCAGCCCUGGAGGAGGCCACGCACACAAUGCUCCGUCAGCAGAGUCAGCACCACGACACCACGCAGGAAUCUUCUAUUUACUCUGAAGACUCCGGCCACGUGAGGAGGAAGGGCUCGCUGUACAUUGACCUCGGCGCUUUGUCAGGUUACUCUAAGCUGGUGACGGGGCCACCCACCUCGGAAUAUGGCUAACGCAAAACCACACAACACCCAUUUAUGCGGUUUGCUUUGUCAGAGCUGAGACUCACAGACACCCGCGUCACGUCACAGCUCUAAGAGAAGUUCAAAGUCAAGAUGACUUGUGUGUAUAAAUGGAACUGGUUUAGCCGGAAACUAAGAUUAGCACUGCAGGACAGUGGUUGGAUGAGAUGCAUCUAUAGUCAUUAUGUAUUAUGUAAUAUAGUAUAUCAAAAAAUAUGUCCCCACACUUCCUUGUGGUACGUUUGUGCUUACUUUAUUCACAAUGAUGAAUGUGUGCUGAUUUCCUUUCUGCCAAAACUAUGUCAGACAAAUUUUUUUUAUCACCAUGAACGCUAUGUAAAUGCAUACAUAUGAUCUGUAGUUCUUAAAGGACUUCCUCUUGUUAGUUCCUGUGGAAUGUUAAUAGAAACACCAUAUUAUACAAAGCUUUUGGUGGAAUCUGUGUUAUUUCAUGUGUGUCCUGUACAUCCUGUGAGAUGAGGCCCGCUGUUCUUUUAACUGAAAAAAAAAAAACAGCAACUAAUCAACUUCUGUUUUCUUUAGUAUCGAACACAGAAAUUACCCAGAGUCCGAAAUGUGUCAGUCUUUAUGAAAUAAAUGCAAGAAAAUCCCA